AUGAAGCUGCCGCCACAUCGACCGGGUGUGGAUCAUGAAGUCAACCUGCAGCCUGACAAGAACGGCAACGAGCCACCCCUACCAGGAUUCAUCCGAGCGAGUAGCUCAGCGGCUGCCGCGCCGGUGCUGUUUCGCGACCGAUACCCACUGCCCCUCAUCGCGGAGACCCUGCAGAAUCUGGCCAAGGCUAAGUGGUUCACCAAGUUUGGGCUCUACGAGUGGCUCGUGUGCCCUUUCGGCCUGAGCGGCGCCCCGGCAUCAUUCCAACGAUACAUGAACAGUGUGUUGCGCGAAUGGCUGGACGACUUUGUCACAGCGUACCUGGAUGAUGUACUGAUCUACUCGAGCGGUUCGAAGGCGGAUCAUGAGGCUAAGGUGCGACGAGUUCUCCAAGCACUCGCCGACGCUGGGCUGCACCUAGACCCAGCGAAGUGCGAGUUUUCGGUACAAGAGGUCAAGUACCUUGGGUUCAUCGUCAACGCAGGGAAAGGAAUCGCCUGCGACCCCGAAAAGCAGCGCGCCAUCCGCGAAUGGGAGGCCCCGACCACGGUGAAGGGUGUCAGAAGCUUUCUGGGCUUCGCCAACUAUUACCGGAUCUUCAUCCCCGACUAUGCCAAGAUCACGCAGUCUCUGGAUGCCCUGCUUAAGAAAGGAACUGCCUUUCGUUGGGGACGAGCGGAGAACGAGGCGUUUCAGGAGCUGAAGCGACGAUUUUGCGAGUCACCGGUGCUCAAGCAGUGGGACCCGAGCCUCCCGACCUUUUUGGAGACGGAUUGCUCAGGCUACGCAUUGGGAGGCGUCCUGUCGCAGGAAGGCCCAGAUGGGCGUCGACACGCAUGCGCCUUCUUCUCGAAGCGACUUUCGCCAGCGGAGUACAACUAUCCCAUUCACGACAAGGAGAUGCUUGCCAUCAUGAGAUGUCUCGACAACUGGAACGCCGAACUUAGGAGCUGCGGCCCAUUUACAAUCCUUACCGACCACCGCAACCUGGAGGCAUCCACCCUGCCGGAGAUGAAGGUCUUCGAGGAAGCGGACCUGCAGCAACUCUGGGACGAAACGGUGGCGAAGGACUCGAUAUUCGGGGCAGCCUAUGAGGCAGUCCGCGAUCGCGAGCGUGCCUUCCCGCCCUCGCUGGGCCUGAAGAUCCAGAUUUCAGAAUGUGCGAUCGACGCAGGCAAAAGGCUGACAUUCAGAGACCGUAUUUGGGUGCCGGGUGGAUCCGGAGAGGAGGGUAACCAGGAGGAAGCUGAGAAAGACCAGUUGAGAACCCGCAUUGUGCAGCAGUCGCACGACUCUGUUGCGACCGGUCAUCCCGGCAGGGAGUCCCAGCUUGUUCGCCGGUUCGUAGCCAAUUGCGACACCUGCGGCAGAGCACACAUCUGGCGCCAGUCGAAAAGGGGAUUUCUCAAGCCUCUGCCGAUUCCAGAUCGACCCCGGAGCCAUUUGUCCAUGGACUUCAUCACAGAUCUGCCGCCUACUGGACCGAGCAAGGCAAGGUACCUGUGGGUGAUUGUGGACAGACUGACAAAGGCUGUGACCCUCGAGGUGAUGGACAACAUGGAAGCUGAGCCGUGUGCAAACCGUUUUCUCCAGUGUCACUACCGAUUUCACGGAAUGCCACGGUCCAUCGUCAGCGACCGCGGGAGCAACUGGCUAAGUAGGUUCUGGAAGAGGUUCUGUCGUCUUGCAGGUGUCACGCAGAAAUUGAGCACGGCCUAUCAUCCUCAGACGGACGGAGGACCAGAGAGAAUGAACCAGGAGGUCGAGGCCUACCUGAGAGCCUACGUGUCGUACGUGCAGGACGACUGGGGAGAACUGCUCCCUGCCGCGCAGCUGGCACUCAACAAUCGUGAAUCCGCAGCAACCAAGAUCAGCCCCUUUUUCGCUGAGCAUGGUUACCACGUCGCUCCCAUCAGCGUCGAGGAAUCGGAAGAGCCACCGAGGCAUAGAGAAGAAAGCAGAGCUGAUAGCCUACUCAGUCGCCUGCAGGAGGUCAAUGAGUACAUGCAAGCAGUGAUGGCCUCCUCACAGCAACAACAAGAAGAGGCUGCCAACGCAAAGCGACAGCCUGCGGAGCGAUUUGAAGUUGGAGAUGACGCACAGCCACCACCCGGACAAGAAGAGUCCGGCACGGGUCUGUGGGGUGUCGACGAGAUUCUCUGCGCGGGAUGGAAGAAGGGCGGACGAGGAAUUCAGGAACGCGCAGACGCCGACCUGGUCGGAGGGGAGAAGGGGGGUAAUGUCACGGGCUAUGCCCGGCUGGUGGACCCGGUUGUACCGGGUCCGGUGGGUCGUGCUCCGGUGGCAACACCGGCCCCGCUCCGCGGACCCGGAAUCUGCGAGAACAUUCCGUGA